AUGUCAGAAGCCCUCGAAACAACCCUCCUCCUCAUCCCGGGAGCCUGGCAUCUGCCUUCCUGCUACGAAACCCUAAUCACCCAUCUAAAAACCACCCACAACCUCUCCAGCACAACUAUAACCUUCCCCACCACCUCGGGCGACCCAAACGCCACCUUCUCAGACGACUACAACACCGCCCGCACAACCCUCAUCUCGCUCCUCGCCUCCCCAAAAAACGUCGUCGUAAUCGCCCACUCCUACGGCGGCAUGGUCGCCAGCAGCGCCAUCAAAAACCUCACCUCCUCACCCUCCUCCUCCUCCUCCUCCAACGACCCACAGAACCCAAAAGGAAGCGUAACAGGCCUGAUCCUCAUAACAUCAGGCUUCACACUAACAGGCCUAACCUUCAUGGACCACACAUUCAAUAUCCCGCCACCAGCCUGGCGCCCCAACCCGCAAACCGGCUUCGCAGACCUCGCGCUCCCACCGACCCACCUCUUCUACCACGACGUUCCGCCCGUCGACGCCGCGCGCGCGGUAGCGCAGCUGCGUCCGCAGAGCUUGAAAGCGCUGUAUGAGGGCCGCGACGUGGCGUAUGCAGGGUGGAGAGACGUGCCGUGGUGUUUGUACGUUGGCGCCAGCGAUGAUCGGGCGUUGCCGGUUUUUGUGCAGAGGUUUAGUGUUGGGUUUGCCAGGGGCGUUUUGGGGAGGGCGGGGAGGGGCAGGAUUGCGCAUGUGGAGAUGGAGACGUCGCAUUCGCCGUUUUUGAGUCAGGCGGAGGUGCUUGCGUGCGUUGUUGCGAAGGCUGUUGAGGCUGGGGGGAAAGAGGUGGAGUGGGAUGGGGAAAAGGGGGUUAGUGUGCCCAGGGUGAGGUUGGGGAUGGUUGCGGGUUGGUGGAGGUUUGGUGUGCCGUUGGUGUUGGGGUAUUUGAUUGGGAAGGUUGUUGUUGUGUGUCAGUGGUUUAGAAGGGUGUUUUGGGGGUGAU